AUGAGUUUCACAUCUGACGAAGUCAAUUAUCUUAUUUAUCGAUAUUUAGCAGAAUCAGGAUUUGUUCAUUCAGCUUAUUUAUUUGGUCUCGAAAGUCAUAUUGCUCAUACGUCAAUCAAUGGCAAUAUUGUUCCACCAGGUGCUCUCCUAUCCCUUAUGCAAAAAGGUCUCUACUAUACCGAAGCUGAAUUAUGUAUUGGCGAUGAUGGCCAAGAACGAACAUGUGAGAAUCUAAGUUUAAUCGAUGCCGUAGUACCCGAGAUCGUCGAAACACGUCGUAGAGAACUUCAUCAGCAGCAACAACAACAAUCGUCAACAUCGUCGUCGUCAUCGACAGGUCCAACCGUAAAAACGGACUCGAAAUCGUCGUCUCGGACUCAUAUUCAUUCGUCGACUCCUAAUGAGAAAGAUCGCUCACCAAUGCAUCCUGUAACGAACACUUCGCCACAAUCUACUCAUCCUACGAUAACUGAUCGUUCAAAUAUAGAUUCCAGUUCAGUAAAUGGAGGAAUAAAUCAUUCAAAUUCUUCAUCGGCCGAUCCUACCUCAAUGUCAUUAAAGAUGUUCAAUACACCAUUACCAGGACAUUCACAUUCACCUGCCAGUACUCAUUCGCAUUAUUCUCAUACUCAUCCGCCUUCGUCAUCUUCUCAUACGAACACCCAUCAAUCGUCAACAAACGCAGGAAAUUAUCCUGCCAUCCCCAAUGGAAAUGAUAACAGUUCCCUUUCAUCAUAUUCUAAUAGUACAAAUCAUAUUGCCAUACCGAAACACGAACCCAUGGAUUAUGAAACUGUGAAUAAUAGUCAUCAUCAUUCUCAUUAUUCAGGAAAUUCGACAUCGAAUUCUUUGCCUACACUACCGGGCUCGUUGAAUAAUACUAACAAUGCGAUGGUGAAUGGUUCCGUUGAAAUUCCACCGAAUCGUGUGACGGUUUUACGUGGUCAUGAAUCGGAAGUGUUCAUAUGUGCAUGGAAUCCCACUCACGAUUUACUAGCAUCCGGUUCAGGAGAUUCAACAGCUCGUAUCUGGAAUCUACAAGGUACACGCGAGCCGGAAAUGGUUCUAAGACAUUGCAUUCGACGAGGCGACACCCAAGUGCCAAGCAAUAAAGAUGUGACCAGCCUCGAUUGGAAUCCAUCGGGCACUCAACUGGCGACUGGGAGUUAUGAUGGUUACGCUCGGAUAUGGUCAUCUGAUGGUAAUCUAGCUAGUACACUUGGUCAACACAAAGGUCCAAUUUUUGCCUUGAAAUGGAAUAAGAAAGGCAACUAUAUUCUAUCAGCCGGUGUCGAUCGUACGACCAUUAUUUGGGAUGCUAACUCUGGACAUUGUGAACAACAGUUUGCUUUUCAUACAGCACCUGCACUCGAUGUCGAUUGGCAAUCGGAUAUCACAUUUGCAUCAUGUUCAACCGAUCAAAAGAUUCAUGUAUGUCGACUAGGUGAACAACGGCCAUUGAAAACAUUCCAUGGACAUCAAAAUGAAGUCAAUGCAAUUAAAUGGGAUCCCCAAGGACGAUUACUUGCUUCAUGUUCAGAUGAUAUGAGUUUAAAAAUCUGGAAUAUGACAAAGGAUACACCUGUUCAUAAUUUACAAGCACAUAAUAAAGAAAUCUAUACAAUUAAAUGGAGUCCGACUGGUCCUGGAACUAUGAAUCCGAAUGCUAAUCUACUUCUUGCUAGUGCAUCAUUCGAUUCGACAGUACGCUUAUGGGAUGUGGAACGCGGUACUUGUCAGAGUACACUCGUGAAACAUACAGAACCUGUCUAUUCCGUCUCAUUCAGUCCUGAUGGUCGAUUACUUGCCACAGGUUCAUUUGAUAAAGCUAUUUAUAUAUGGGAUAUAGCCAGAGGUGAAAUUGUACACAGUUAUCGUGGAACUGGUGGUAUCUUUGAAGUUUGUUGGAACAGUCGAGGCACACGAGUAGGCGCAAGUGCGUCAGAUGGAACAGUGUGUGUACUUGAUUUGCGCAAAUAG